AUGCCCGCCCCCGGCGCUCAGCACAACACCGUCGCCAACCCUUUCGAGGAGGCAAAGCCACGCGUUUCCGAGUACACUGCUGCCGAGAUCGCCACCUUGCAGUCGCGCCUCGAGAAGCAGCUCGGCCCGGAGUACAUCUCGGCACGCAGCGGCCCCUCGGGCCAGAAGGUCCACUACAUCGCCGCCGAGAAGUGCAUUGCCCUGGCAAACGAGGUCUUCGGCUUCAACGGCUGGUCAUCCAGCAUCCAGAACAUCCAGGUCGACUUUGUCGACGAGAACCCCCAGACCCUCAAGAUCUCCCUCGGCCUGUCCGUCAUCAUCCGUGUCACCCUGCGCGACGGCACCUAUCACGAAGACAUUGGCUACGGCCACAUCGAGAACUGCAAGGGCAAGGCCGCCGCCUUUGAGAAGGCCAAGAAGGAAGGCACCACGGAUGCCCUGAAGAGGGCCUUGAGGAACUUUGGCAAUGUCUUGGGCAACUGCAUCUACGACAAGGACUACCUGCAGAAGGUGACCAAGAUCAAGGUCGCCCCCACAAGGUUCGACGAGAUCAACCUGCACCGCCAUUCCGACUAUGCUCCCAAGGAGCCCGAGGUCAAGGUGGAGGCCAGGGCCGCGGCCGCCAAGAACGCGGCGCCUUCUCUCGUGCCGAAUGAUACUACCGACCCUCUAGAUGAUGACUUUGGCGAUUUUGACAUGGCAGACUUUGGCGUGACUGAAGAUGGCCACCCCGACGAGGUGGCCUUGCCAGCUUCACAUGGCGUAGCAAGACCCCAGCCCGAGAAGCCGCAGGCCCUGCCCUCUGCCCGUCCAAGUGACUCCAGUAAACCCUCAACCAGCAGUGUGCCUGGUCCCUCCAAGCAGAUGCAACCUCCUGCCAGAGCGCCCAUGACCAGGAGUGGCUCGGGUGCCCAACCGCCUCCCAGGCACCCGCCCCAGACACCCAACCAGGCCACCAGCACCCGGCCAACAGCGCCGAACCAGGGCCGUCCUACACCCGCUCAGGUCUCGGCAGCGCAGCAGGCAGCGGCCAGCAACAACAACACCAGUACGCCGCCUCCAGCGAACGGGAACGGGGAGGUUCCUGCUGGGCCCGUCGCUUUCUUCUCUGCUCGCUCGGUGAGAUCACUGCCCGAGAACGCCCCGCCCGGAGCACCCAUUCUCCCACAGAACGGUGGCAAGCUUUUCGACCCCAAGCUGGACAGCCCCUCGAUUCGAAAGACGCCGGGCAUUGAUCAUGGGAGCACAAAACCUGUAAGCAGGGAAGGGCGACAUGUCGAACCCAUCAAGCGCGACGAGGACGCAGCCCCGCAAAGCAGCGGCACUCCUACUGCACUUGGCCGACCCAGCUUGGGCAAUGUGGUCAAUCCAUCGCAGAAUCAGAUGCGGCAGAUUGGCGCACCCGGCGGCAACCGGGGCCAGUAUCGGCCGCUAACCGUCAAGCGGCCCGCACCUGGAGGAGGAGACGCGCCGGCCCGUCCGCCACUAAAUGAGGUUUCAUCCAACGGGAACGUUGGCGCCGCAGCAACUGUUGCAGAUGCCAAACGCCAGAAGACGGGUUGA